UCAGCCCGCUAGCAACCCGCAUGUGCUACUCAUGUCUUGGCCCAUAGUCUCCCCGCACGCGGCGGCCGGCGAUGGAGGAGCGGCCACACGGGACGACAUCGGCGGCGGCGCUCAGGGGGCACGUUCACCCUCCCGCCGCUGGCCCGCGCGCGCGGGCCAAGAACUCGGUAUAGUACAUUCUGCAGGCGCUCUGGCGCACCCCAGCCUCAACGCCGUCGUCCGCGACAUCCUCCAGCUCCCCUCCGACUCCGAGCUCGACCCCGCUUGCAGGUUGCAGCUGUUGGUGUGCUUCAGAGUACUGAUCCGCAGGUGUGUGAGUGUGUCUAUGAGACCAUCGUAUAGGCCGAGAUUCCGAAGCUUUUUCCUCCGGAGGUGCCGCCCGAGCUGCAAAGGUUGCUCACUCUGCUUCUGCACGAGUUUCAGCUGGAAUGGCGAGAGGACGCCUCCAAGGAUCAGGCACCCACGCGAAAUUCAUAAACAGCGAAAAGCCAUUUUGAGUACAAAAUCAAGAAGCGCCAGAGCAAACAGCGACAACACAGUUACUUGAAACAAUCGCUACCAUGUGCUUUUGCACAAACAUAAGUGCCUUGCCGUUUUGCUGGCUUAAGCUUGAUCUGUGAGAUGCUUAUUAUCCUUUAUCCUUUUUUAUGUGAGAGAGGAGUUCAUUGAUUGGUUUGUGAAGAUCUGUUAAGAAAACUAUUUCAGCAGUUCUGGGGUUACAAUGAAGAUAUCUUGGAUGAAAGAUGUUACUCGUGUGAAUCGUCAUCUUCCCUGCAGCCUCACUGCAGGACAUCAUCAGCAAAGGUCUUGUCUGAAUCAGGGGAGAAAGACGUGAAGCACCAGUUAAGGAUUCUUUAGACAAAAUGCUCAUGGACAU